AUGUCGUCGUCUUCUGCCCAGUACGACGCUGCGGGCCGUAACGAGGAUUUAGCAAGCCCUAUGAUCAGUCCAGAAGAAGAGGCCCCUUCGACGGUGUUUAUGCCAUUCGGCGAACGCGAACGAGUAAACAUCGUUGGCCUUUUUAACACCAUGACCGAAGGCGUCAACAAGCAGACGGGCCCCGUGGAGCUUCCAUGUAACGACGUGUACACUAGACGCGCCGCCAGAGCAUUCAAGAGGAUCCUGCGUGAGGGUGAUGGCGAAAAGAAGUUGAUCGCUUUGAAGUUCUUGCAGCAUAUUCAAGACCACAAGACAGUUGAGGAGCAGGUCCGGGCCGAGGCGGAGGAGACAAAACGCGACAAGUUUCUCGCUCGAGCCGCGCGACGUUGCGACGAGGUCCUUUUCUUUAUGGACUCUCUCACGACAGAGAUCAGAAGCCUCACAGACACACCUCUGGAUGCCAGCUUCAACUUUGCCGAUCUCGAGUACGAAGUCGAGCGUUUCCGUCGUUUUGCUCGCAAGACAUUCCCUCCCAGUUUUCUCAGGGGGUUCGAGACUCCGAUGUUGUAUCGGCUAUAUGCUGCCAGUUUGGUGAUAUCGUUCGACAAGGCCUUCUUCCUAAGCUUGGCAAACGUGCCUAACCCGCCCGACGAACCUGAGAGGUAUGCCUCAAGCAAGGUCGCUUCACCCCACAUCUACCGGGCUACCUGGGCUCAGAUGAACACAAGAUCCCCGGUGCCUUCAGAGCAGCCAGCAAAGGUCGGCAGCUCAAAGUCUAAGGAUGUUGUUUAUAUUAAGCAUGAAGAGAUGUCUGAGGCGACCAACCCUCACUUGUCAUCGUCUCCAACCACUCGAAAGAAGCAAGCGCAACAAAUGGAUCACAAUCCCGAACAGACGGACAAGUCCGACCUUCCCCGUAUUGUGCUUGAAAUCGGCCACCUUGCCAUCGUGCACAUGGCGUCUACAAGAGACAGAUACGAGGCCCCAAUGACAGCAACGGGGCUCGGCUUGUUUGUUGAUCUUUGCGACCGCCGCAAGGGACUCUGGCUUCUCCGCACCGAUGAUUACAUCGGUGUCAAGCUGGAUGAGCAGAGUGCGCCCAGCCCGGGGCUGCAAGAGUUUCUCAAGCUGGUCAACCUGGAUCAGAGUUGCGGCAACCGAAAGUUGUCCGAACACUGGGGACUGUGGAGCUCCAUGGGUGGCCUAAUGCAGAUAGAAAUUCUCAAGGGCACUGGCGACACUGUGUCGUUGCAACGGCAUCUCGUGCCCAAGUUUGAGACUUUCCACACUAGCCCUGCCUAA